AGAAAGAGUGAAUGAGAUACGAACUACGUGAAUUAAGGAGCAAAAGAGAGAGAGAGAGAGAAAGAAAGAGAGAGAGAAAGAAAAGGAGAAUGUGAAAUUGAUCAAAUCUAGAUGGCGCGAUCGUAGCCAAUGAUAUUGUUUUCUACGUAUUCAAAAUCAAUACAGAUUCAAAACUCUGAACCAAGUACUAAAUCCGAAACGAGAAUGAACGGACAAUCGAAACCAUAUCUUGAAGAAAUUGCUGCGAGUAUAGAAGAACGUCAUUGCGAUUUAACGGGACGUCAUAGAUAUCUCAGGGAAAAAAUCACGACGAUGGAGAGAUCAAUACCGGCCCUUAUGGCGUACAACAUGUGGAAAUCCGGGAAGACCUGCGACGAUCCACCAUUUUGCAAAAUUCGCCAAAUCAUGAACAAGCUAUCGCCCGACUUAGAUCCAACCGAAAAGCUACUUCGUAAUUUAAAGAGCACCGUCAAGGAUCUCAAUAUGGAGACGACCGAGUUGCACGACAAAAUUAUCGACGCCGACGUUAAAUUGGAGGAAACCGAUAUAGAAUUGGAAUCCCUCGAAUUGGCGAAUAAGGAGAUGAACGAUCAAGCUGACAAAAUUGAAAAGGAAAUUCGUUGUUAUCAAUGUACGAGCUUACAGUCGAUUAAUUCGGAUGAUGUCAUUUGUUUGACGAAAAUACAUCAGUUAGCUAAGGACGAGUUAGAAUUAAAAAAUUGUAUAAAACAAUUGGAAGAAAAGGAGAUUCUCUAUGUUGAACAAUUGGAUCGUUUGCUCGCUUCGAAAGAAUUUCAAAAUAUUUCUGGUAACAACAAGAUGCUUAAACGCAUUCAAGAUCUCGAGAUUAACGAGAGGAAGAUGUAUUGCGCGUUGCAAUUUUACAAAAACAAUAUACAACAAUUAAAGAAGGAACUCGUGCGGAAAAAGAGUGAUCAUACUGUAGAUACGACUAAGCCUGUUAAAAAUUCAAAGCAAAUAAUACGAGAUAAGCCAUCGAAGAUUGAAAGAAAAGAAAUAGAACCAUCGAAGAUAUUGAAAAAUCGAAUCGAUAUUUCAAAUGAAUUAGAGGAGGAGACCGAUCAUGAUAAUAAAGAAUCAAAAUUAUGUAUUUGCGUGAAAAAAUAUGAUCAAGAAAAUGUUUCGACGAGUAAAAAGUCAAGAAAAUCUUCGAAAACGUUGUCUCCUAAUGUACGUCCAUUAAAAUCGAAUAAUAUUCGAAAAAAUCCUUGUUCAAUUAAUCUUCCAUGUGAUCUUCCUCCCUGUGCUACAUUAACAUCAAAUUGUCCAAAGGCACCUUGCAAUUUUGAGAUCACUUCUAAUAACUCUUAUUCAUUAUCGUGCAAUAAAUGUCGUUUAUCGGAGAUUAAAAAUGAAUGUAGGUGCAAUUGCAAAGGAAAAUGUGCCUAUGGAUUAUCUAAUGUACCGUGCAAAUGUGGAGCUGGGCCAUUAUGUCCAUUGGACAAAGGAUAUCAACCGGUAGCUGAAUCAUCAUUAUCUAUUCCCAUGAACAAUAGUGACACCGACGAAGAAUAUUGCGAAUGUUGUUCUUGCGGUUGUGAGGACAACGACGAUAACUCCACCUGUUCUUGCAAUUAAAUAUCAAUCAACUAUUUUAUAAUAUAAUUACAUUGUUCGACGCUAUAUAUACACACAUACACACUUAUAUAUAUACAU